AUGUCUUCAAUUUCGUUGAACCCUAGAACCUCCAAAUACCAUGUCACCUUCGCCGGAACAACCAUCGAGACCACCGUCACCGACAAGGCCCACAUCGCCUCCGACUGGGUCCGCGAGAUCACCGCCCUCCACGGCACAAGCCCCGCGGUGGUCGGCCUCGAUGUCGAGUGGCGGCCCCAUCACGUCAGCUACAUGAGCAACAAGUCCGCUACACUCCAGCUGUGCAUCAACGACAAAUGCCUCAUCAUGCAGCUCUUCUACAUGGACCAAAUCCCCCAAUCAAUCAAGGACUUUCUCCUCAGCCCUAAUUUCACGUUCGUAGGGAUCGAGGUCGAAGACGAUGUGAAGAAGCUGAGGAACGAGUACGGGCUGGAUUGCCUCAAGAGCAAGGACAUUCGGGCUGCAGCUAAAGCCCGCUGGCCUUACAGGUUUAGGCGGCCCGGGCUGAAGGAUCUUGCGAAGGAAUUGUGUGGGCUCAACAUGUUGAAACCGAAGCAUGUGUGCAUGAGUAAUUGGGAGGCUAGAGUGCUCAGUGAAGCUCAAGUUGAGUAUGCUUGCAUUGAUGCUUUUGCUUCUUUCAAAAUUGGGCAUAAGCUCACUUUCGAGGUUUAA